UGGGAAGGGGUGAUGGCAGCAUAAAUAGCAGCUCCCUCAGCACGGGGCCAGACGCAGCUGGAGCAGCUUCCCCGGGCACCCUGCACCAUGGCAGAGCCUUCGCUGCCCCUCUCCUUCCUCUGCCUCCUCGCCUUGUCCUCCGCCUGCUACAUCCAGAACUGCCCCCGGGGCGGCAAGCGGGCGCUGGCAGACACAGCUCUGCGACAGUGCCUGCCCUGCGGUCCCGGCAACAGAGGGAACUGCUUCGGGCCCGGCAUCUGCUGCGGAGCGGAGCUGGGCUGCUACCUGGGCACGGCGGAGACGCGGCGCUGUGCCCAGGAGGAUUUGCUGCCCUCGCCCUGCCAGCCCGGCGGGCAGCCCUGCGGCUCCGGGGGCCGCUGCGCCGCGCCCGGCAUCUGCUGCACCGCCGACACGUGUGCCAUGGACACCGGCUGCCUGGACCAGGGCGCUCAGGAGGCGGCGGAGGAGGAGAAGAACCUGACGGUGCUGGAUGGCUCGGCCGGAGAUCUGCUCCUCAAGCUCAUGCACCUGGCAAACCGGCAGCAGCAGCAGCAGCAGGGCAAGCACCCCCUGCUCUGAGACCCCCGAACCCUGAGAGACCCCCCCCACCUCGGCUCUGUACAUAGGAGAUGAAAUAAUAAAAGCCCUCGUGCAC